AUGUCCUGGCUCAAGUUACACAACCCUACUAUAGAUUGGCCUAAUAAGCGUAUCACUUUUAAUUCUCAACAUUGUAACAAUUCUUGUCUUUCUAUUUCUAAUUCUAUCCUGGGGAAUGUCGGUGGGACUUCUAACCACCUUGAAGGCAUACCAGAAGACUUAGGAGGUGUCGAGGUGAUUGAACCUCUUGAAGGCAUCCCUAGGGAAACUGGAGGUACUGUGGAUUCUCCACUUGAAAGUAUCCCAGUAGAACUGCGCAAUUUUGCGGAGGUAUUUUCUGAGGACAUGAAGGCUAUGGUAUACCCCUUGAAGGCAUCUGAUGAUGAGGAACUUAGAAAACUCCUUAAAGAACAAUUGGACAAAGGAUUGAUUCGCCCAUCCAAAUCCAAAUAUGGUUCCCCAGUUCAUUUUGUCAACAAGAAAAAUGGGAAAAGGCGUAUGGUUGUGGAUUAUAGAUCCCUAAAUGCAAAUACAGUCAAGAAUGCGUACCCUCUACCUCUAAUACAGUCUCUCAUUGAGAAACUAAGGGGCGCAAAAUACUUUUCCACCAUUGACCUGAAAUCUGGAUACAACUUGGUCCGGAUAAAGGAAGGUGAUGAAUGGAAGACUGCAUUUAAAACCAAAUACGGCCUGUUUGAAUACCUAGUCAUGCCCUUUGGGUUAUGCAACGCUCCUGCUGCAUUUCAGCACUUCAUGAAUGAGAUAUUUAGGGACAUAUUGGACGUCUAUGUAGUAGUAUAUCUAGACAACAUCCUAAUAUUCUCAGAAAGCAGGGAAUUACACACAAAACAUCUCCAAGAGGUACUGAAAAGGCUGCAAGACAAUGCAUGCUACUGUAACUUGGAGAAGUGUAAUUUCUAUGCAUCUGAAGUAGAUUACCUUGGUGUCAUUGCCAAUGGUGAAGGAGUGAAAGCAGAUCCCAAGAAAAUCACUCAAGCGGUUGAUUGGGCAACACCGCGCUCUGUCAAAGGGGUUCAAGAGUUUUUGGGCUUUAUAAAUUUCUAUAGACGCUUCAUACAUAACUUCUCAAAAUUGGCACAACCCUUAUACCAACUACUCCAAAAGAAUACCUUGGGAGCUCUAAUUGAAUCCCCUGUCUUAAUCCAACCCGAUCCAUACAAGGAGUUUUUCCUUGAGUGUGACGCCUCUGAUUUUGCAACGGGCGCUGUCCUUAAUCAAAAGGGCAGUGAUGAUAAAUUACACCCGGUUGCAUUCCUAUCAAAAUCCCUAGCACCUGCUGAAAGAAACUAUGAUAUCUUUGAUAAAGAGUUACUAGCAGUAGUAAGGGCUUUAAAGGAAUGGCGUCACCUGCUGGAAGGAACAACAAAAAGGGAUCUGAACCAAAGGCAGUUAAGGUGGAUGGGAUUUUUGGCAGAUUACAACUAUAGGAUUGUGUAUAGGCCAGGCGCACAGAAUAGAAAAGCAGAUAUUCUCUCUCGCCGUGAAGACCACAAGUCUGCGGUUAAGGAGGGGGAGCUUUUUAUUGCAGCUAUUCAAACAGAUAGUGACCUUAAUGAUCUAAUAAGGGACGCUCUGCAUGAUGAUAAAGCUGUACACAAAAUCCUUAAAUCUUUGGAAGAGGAUAUACCUGUUAAAGGAUGGAAGAUUGAUAAUGGCCUACUUUACUAUCAUGAUCGGAUCUAUGUCCCCAACAAGCCAGAAAUCAGGAAAGCCGUCUUAGAAAGCAGGCAUGAUAACCCUUCCACUGGGCACCCAGGACAGUUCAGAACCCUAGACCUCCUUUCAAGGGAUUACUAUUGGUCAGGGAUGAAACAGUCUGUAACAAAAUAUGUCCAAGCAUGCGACUCAUGCAUACGCAGUAAACAUUCCAACCGGGCUCCUGAAGGUCUCCUUCAAAACAUAGAUUUACCCAAUAAGCCCUGGGAGGAAAUAACGUAUGACUUGAUUGUAGGACUCCCCACCUCAGAAGGAUAUGAUGCAAUAUUGACAGUAGUGGACCGCCUAUCCAAAAUGGUCCAUUUUAUACCAACGCACUCUGAUGCUACUGCUGUUGAUGUUGCAAACCUCUUUGUAUCCUUUGUGUGGAAGUUACAUGGGUUACCCAGGAAAACCAUCUCGGACCGAGGCCCCCAGUUCAAUGCAAAAUUCCUAAGACAGGUCUAUAAGCGGCUGGGGAUAGAACCACACUUCUCCACUGCAUACAGACCCCAAGUUGAUGGACAAAGUGAACGCUUAAACCAGUUUGUGGAAAUCUACCUACGCCACUAUAUCAACUAUAGGCAAACAGACUGGGUUGCGUCAUUACCACUUGCGGAAUUUUCAUACAAUAAUGGGAAACACUCAGGUUCCAAACAUUCACCCUUCUACAUGUGCUAUGGUUACAACCCAGACUUUACAGUUGGGAACACCAAGGAAAGCCAUGUCCCUCAAGCCGAUGACCUAGCAGACUUCCUGAAAGAGAUCCAAGCUGAAGCUAAAGCUGCUUUAGAAAUUGCUGCAAAACAAAACGCACAAUACUAUGAUCUCAACAGAAGGGAAGCAACCAAGCUGGAAGUUGGUGAUAAAGUCUAUUUGAGUAGCGCCAACAUCAAAACUUCAAGGCCUUCCCAUAAGCUAGAACAUAAGCGAUUGGGGCCCUAUAAGGUCUUGGAGAAAAUUGGCAGGAACUCCUAUAAACUGGAUCUCCCUAAAUCCAUGAAAGUCCACCCUGUCUUCAACAUUGCCCUAUUACACAAGAAACCAGUAGACGAGUAUGACCGUGAUCCAGUCCCACUUCCCCCAGUUGUCACAGCUGAUGGAGAAGAGGAAUAUACUGUUGAAAGGAUCCUAGACUCCAAGAAAGUGGGUCGGCAAGUCAAAUACUUGGUUAAAUGGAAAGGGUAUGGACCAGAGGAUAACACAUGGGAGCCCAAGGCCCACUUAGCCAAUGCCCCUGAAAAAUUGGCUAAGUUUCACCGUGAACAUCCAGAGGCAGCUGGACCUUAA